UAACACAAAGUAGAUAUUUACUGGCUGAGGUAUAGUCAAUGUGAAUAAGCAAGCCCUAGAACAGGGGUCUGGAAAAGUUCUAUGUUCUUUUUCAUAGAAGAUAUCAAAUCUUCCACUGAAUGAGGUCCUGAGCAACCUGAUCUAACUUUGGAGUCACCUUACCUGGGCCCAGGUGGCUGGACUAGAUGACGCCCCACGAAAAACCCCUUCCAACCUAAAUUUUUCUGUGGUGAGAGGCACCUAUUUCUGAACCACACAAGCAGUGACUUUAACACACCAUCUGCUCGGGAGCAGAGGCACUGUGGACUGCACAGCCAGGCUGCCACGAGAGGGAGGAAACGCUGGGUUUUUAACAAGGCACAGCAGAAGCCUUGUGGGGCUCCCCCGUGGGUGUAGCUGAGCCGAGAGCUCUGCACAGACCUUGCAUCUCACAAAGUGGCAUUUUCCAAAUGCCUGCUGUGUGUGCAGCCUGUGGCACGAGCUAAAGGAGCACAGGAGGUUUCUUGUUGCUGCUGGGAUGCCAGGCAGGUCCAGUGCCCAGCUUUAGCUGACGGAUCCAGCACAGAGGAAUGUGGAUUUCGACUCGGCUGGAGAAGAACUCACAGCAGCCUUAUCAGAAGGAGGAGCAUUCAGCUCUGCCUGCACAGUUAAGCCUACAGUCUCUGCAGACUGGAAAUUUUGCUGUUUCAUUGUCAUCAGUGAACAUCUGUGGUAUCCCUGUGCUUUAGCACUUUUUCCACUGGAAAAUGGGAAAGAAGAUAAAUAUGGCAAAGUUAUUGUGGCUGCUGAUGUUCUUUUCUGAUAUUGUGCCAUUCAGCUGUGAGAAAUCAAUGAGAGAAAGAGCCAUUGAGCUGAUGCAAGAUGCACGUUUGAUCGAUGGCCACAAUGACUUUGUACUGCAGCUGAGAAUACUUUACCAAAAUAAAAUCAGUGGAGUCAACUUGAGAGACCUCAACAGGACCCACACAAACCUUGCAAAACUUCAGGCUGGUUAUGUGGGAGCACAGUUUUGGUCAGUGUAUGUUCUUUGCAGCGCUCAGAACAAGGACGCUGUUCGCCUGACCUUAGAGCAAAUCGAUGUUGUCAAGAGGAUGUGCAACAGCUACGAAGAGCUGGAGCUUGUGAUGACUUCCCAAGGUAUCUCUGACAGUAGAAAGAUUGCAUGUUUGAUUGGAAUAGAAGGUGGCCACUCCAUUGACAGCAGCCUGGCAGCACUGAGGAUAUACUAUGACUUGGGGGUUCGUUACAUGACUCUAACACACACCUGCAACACUCCCUGGUCUGAAUCAUCAUCUAAAGGAAUACACAACUUUUAUCCUAGUGUUAUUGGUCUGACUGCAUUUGGCCAAGAAGUGGUAAAGGAGAUGAAUCGCCUGGGUAUGCUGAUAGAUUUAUCUCACACCUCAUACUCCACUGUAAAAGCUGCACUCAACAUCUCAAAAGCACCAGUAAUUUUCAGCCACUCUGCAGCAUUUUCUGUUUGUAACCACUCAAGAAAUGUUCCUGAUGAUAUUCUCCAGCAACUGAAAAAGAACAAGGGAAUUAUCAUGGUGUCUUUCAAUGCAGAUGUACUGGCCUGUGGCAGAAAAGUUGUUAAUAUUUCUACCCUUGCAGAUCAUUUUGACCAUAUAAAGGAAGUUGCAGGCUCAGAAUCUAUAGGAAUUGGUGGUGACUAUGAUGGAGUGCAACGCUUUCCCGAGGGACUGGAAGAUGUCUCUAAAUACCCCUCUUUGAUAGAGGAACUUCUUAGAAGAGGAUGGAAUGAAACUGAACUGAAAGGAGUCUUAAGGGAGAACUUUCUCCGUGUCUUCAGGGAAGUAGAAAAUGUGCGGAACAAUUUUGCAGUAAUGGGCGUAGGUGAAAGUGAAAUUCUGCAAGAAACAAAACACUCCUGUCGCCUAGACCUACAUAAGCCUCAGCCUCAGCCAUCCAGGUCCUUUGGAUUUCCUUCUGUGGCACAGCCUUUCAUCCUGACUCUUGUAUCAUGUUUAAUGCUGUAUUAUGUAUCAUAAGCUUAUGGAGUCUAGAGAGAUUUUUGGAAUACUCUGCAAUGCAGCUACUUAUCUUUCUGUGAUUUGUUAGCAGAAGACUAUUAUAAAUUUUAAACAUAAUUUCUAUAAAUUCAUCUGCAUAUUUGAAAAGUCAUGUUAAUUAUAAAUGAUGUAGCAAAAGUGUUUAGAAUUUGAACUGAUAAAUUCUGUAUCACCUUGGCUGGACCAGGACCAACUUUGUUAAUGGAAAAUAUUCACAUUUAAAGAAUAAAUUCUGUAAUACUCAAUGCAUGGUUUUGGUACUCAUAUUGUGGAAUAAAGACUGGAGUCCAGAACCAGCAGUUUCACACAGGAACUAGAAAUUAUGAUUAAGACAUCUGUGCCAAGUAGUUUUCAAAUAUUGCUUCUUGUUAAAUCAUACAGCUUCCAUCAAUAGUUGAUGGCUUACUUAGAGAAGACCAAUCCCUGCCAUAUGGAGAAAAGUGCUUUUUUGGUUUGCUUGGGGUUUUGUUUUGUUUUUUGAGAUGACAAGAUGAGUGACAAGCCUAUUCCAGCUUGAACUGCAUGCCUACAACUAGCUUUAGAAACCCAUCCUGCAGUACUAAACUCCUAUUUUUGAACCCUGACCAGGACAGUGGGCAACUGGACAAUUACUGAAGGGUAGAGGCAGAUCUCUACAUUCAGGUGCAGGCAAUGCUGUAGAUACUUUUUAUAAUUUGAGGAGAACUGUAUGCAGCAUUUUCAUGAUGAUGGGAACAAGAACAAGUCAGGACAAAGCAGGAAUUCUGGCUAGUAAGAGGGUUGUGGAAAUCUUUUUGACAUUUAAACAAUUAUCCUUAUCAAUAACAUGUUUUAUUAUUUCAUUUCUAUUCUAACUGGCUGAAAUCAGACCGUGGCCAGCAGAUUCAUAGAUGCAAAAUUAGACAGAGAUCUUUUUAUUUUAAAUCUGCUGUUUUGGCCUGUGGAAUACAUUUUGAAAUACACAAGAGCAUAUAUUGAAAUAGGCCUGCUCUUCAUAGCCUCAAAACUGACAUUUUAGUCAAUAUACUGAGAUUUCUAAUGAAAUGAUAAGAUGGCAGCACCACAUCUUUGUGUAGUCUGUUCCCAGUGCUUGCUGGUAAAUGCUUUCCCAUGAUAUUUGCUGUUAAUGGUGAUUUUUUAAUACCAAUUUUUAUUUACUAAUAUGACGUCUACGGAAUUUAGACAAUGUAGAAUAAAAGCUCUGUAAUUGAUCUAAAGAAAGCAUUUGUAAGCACACAAAGUAUUUAACAACAAGAGAAGGCUGAACAUGAAUAGGAUGAAAAACCAGCACAUUAGGCUUUUUUCUAGAGGAAUUUGAGACUGUUCCUACCAUCCAUUUCUGUACUCUGUGUACAAGCAGGGUUUCUGGAAGGACUCUGGUAUUUUAUAGCUUCAAAAUUAAGCUUCAUUAAUUUUUUUGAUAAGAUGAUCUCCUUGAUAAAUAUAUUCUAAUUAUACUUCUGUAUGUUACCAAAUUGUUUACAAACCAUGGGAAACAAUCUAGUUGCACAGAAGCCAACUUUAAAAUAAUAGUUUCUCAAUAAAUACUGUUCCUGGAUAUGCAUGUAGAAAGGGGAAUUACUAAUUCAGAAGUCUGGCCUCCCUGAUAUUGCUUGACUGUAAUGAGAACUGGUUUUACUGGUAAAAUCAUUAAUUCAAUAUGGCAAAUAUUUAAUUCCCAUCAGAACUUCUAAUAGAUUCAUUGGAAAACUUCCAUACAUGGUGUCUUUUCUCAGAACUAGGGCUCUGAUAUUUCCUUCAUUACACAAAAUGUAAGAUGUUUCUUUAUUCCUUCCAGCUGUUUUCUUUAUACUGUGUUGUCAUUUUACUGCCUGCUAAUUUUUACUUUUUCACCUUCCCAUACUACAGCAUGGACUAAAAAUAUAUAUUCCUUUUCUUAAAGAUACAUAAAAUACUUUUCUAUGACUUAUCAUCUAUAAUGUAUUGCACUUGUUUGUUGACUGUGCAACGAGUAAUUUGUAACCUUGCGGCAAAACAGAGACAUGAAAUUUCAAUAAAAUAUUGGUUAAAAUUG